AUGGGUGAUGUUCUGUUAACUUUAGUUUUACACCAUGGGUGCAAGUUUGUUUGGAAGCCCUUUGUGGAGUACAUUGGAGGACAUAUAAAUGUAUGGGAAAAUGUAGACAUUGACAAACUCUCCAUUACAAUGCUUAAAGAGUAUUUUGAAGAGUAUGGGUACACUGAGGAUGAUUACAAGAGGUCACUAGAGUUUUAUUAUGAGCACAAUCUUGAGCAGAAGAGAGUGGCUGCUAGAAAUGAUGAGGCUAGAGUUGUGGGUAGAGUGGCACCUACUGAGACUCCAAAUAAUAGAAAAGGGCUUGUUGAUGAACAUGAAAGUCACUGUGAAGCUGAAGAUGAAGAUGUUGAGGGUGAGGAUGCUGAUGAUGAAAAUGUUGUUGAUGAUCAAGACGCUAAGGGUGAGGAUGCUGAUGAUGAAGAUGCAUUGGCUGGUAUAAAUGAUGAGGCAAGUUCUUCCCAAAGAGGACAAACAAAGUGGAAGGCAUGUAACCUACCAAUCAAUGGGCUGGUUCAUGAAAAUGAAAAGGCUGAGUUUCAUGCAAGGCAAGAGGUGCAGGACAAUGAAUUGAACUUUGUUGAUUGUGAAUACCACUUCGAAGAGUUGAACAAUGGCAAAGUGUCUGAUAGUGAAGAUGAUGAGGCAAGCCACCUGAGUUUAAUAAAGAUGCACGUUUUGGUCAAGUGCAUAUACGAUUGA